AUGACGACACGAUCACCCACAUCGUUCUCGGCUCGGCUUUCCGCUGUCGGUUUAAUCGCAGCGGGCUUUCUUCUGCUUGCAACACACGUACGCAGCGAAGGUUAUUAUGGGAAGCUUAUUGGCAAGCUGUCGGAAUUUCAUCACGGCGUCAGCGGUGAAGUUUACGCCGUGGACGGCCGAACUCUGUUCAUCAAGGACUUCACGUACGACGGCGAGGCGCCAUCUGCGUACUUCUACGUAGGCACCUCGAAAACCCCUAACGGAAACGGCAUCAGACUUCGCGACGAGCGUGGAUCAACGGACACGCUGAAACGAUAUCGGAGAAAGGACAUCACGCUCACGUUACCGGACGGCAAGACUCUUGGCAACGUCAAAUGGUUCUCCGUGUGGUGCGACGAAUUCGCCGUGAACUUCGGAGACGUUAGAAUACCGAGGGGGUUCGACUACCCUAAACCGCAGAAACUAGCGGCUUUAAACGGCGAACAUGGCGUCAGUUCCGAACCCAUCGUCGUCGUCGAUGCUCAGACCCUCCUGAUACCUAGUUUCAGUUACGACGGCGAAGCUCCGGACGCAAAGUUCUGGGUGGGCGCCGGACCGUCGCCAUCGCCUCAAGGGAUCCGCGUGGCGGACGAGAACGGAAAAGUAGUACCGCUGCACCGAUACGAUCGGAAAGCUAUCGUUCUGACGUUGCCCGGGGACCUGACGGUCCACCAGAUCGGCCACAUUGGCGUCUGGUGCGAGGCGUUCACCGUGGACUUUGGCCACGUACAAAUUCCGCCGAACCUAAACGUGCCGCCCUCCCUGAAGAUGCUCGGAGUCUCGCCGCAGUCGAAACUGAACUGCGAGGUUCUCGAUGACCGGCUGGCUUACGAGGUACGAUGGGCCGUGGCCGGGGACAGCAUAGUCGCUCAGCUCGUUGGAAAACUUGACGAGGGUCAAUACAUGUCCUUCGGGUUGUCCGCGAACCCUGAAAGAAGCUCGAUGGUCGGAGGAGACGUGGUGGUCGCCUGGGUCGACAAAAAGACGCUUCAGGGCUACGCCGUCGAUUAUUUCUUGGACGCAAAGUCUCAGUGCUCCGGUGGACGUGGCAGCUGCCCCGAUACCCGCAUACAGGAAAACACGAAUUCCAUUCGACUGUUGAACGCGGCGCUGGUCGACGGAUACAGCAUCGUCACGUAUCAGAGACCGCUGAAGACGAACGACGAGCUGGACCAUCAGAUACUGACAAACGGAUCGCAGGCGAUUAUCUGGGCCGUCGGUCCUUUGAACGAGAGACAAGAGGUCAGCUAUCACUCGGACUAUUUGAAAACCGACAGCUUCAUCGACUUCGGUAGACCACCGAUUUGGAAUUGUCCUGUUCCAGAUCAAGAGCCGUCUCAGCUGUUCGUGGACAGUAACGAGAAGGCCACCGGCAACCAGGACCUGGCUGCGAUUGCGAAGAGACCGAGACGCGUUACGGCGACGCCCGCGCCGGCGUCCAAGGCCGACGCCUGGGUUAUUCCGCCGAUCCAGUGCGACGAGCCCGACGACGGGGCAUUUUACGCCCAGAUGGGACCAACAGGAGGAAAGCACGGAUAUCCAGCUAUUACCGGCCACGUCGGUUGGGGCAUCUCGUGGUACAUAAACGGUCUAUUGAUUCCUGAGAUCAACGUGGUCCGUGGCAAGAAUUACACUUUCAUCGUGGAGGGAGGCGAGGAUCCUAAAAUACCCGCUCGCUACCACCCCUUCUACAUAACGGACGACCCUGUCGGCGGAUACCAACACAAAACGCCCGAAGAGAAAGCUAAAGUGAAGAUAUUCGCGGGUGUUCAGCGGCAAGGGGGCGACUAUCGACCAACAGGGGUUGGGCGUCUCUGCAACUGGGUCCCGGAUCAGAAUCAUGACUCUGGCGACUUCUCGUCGUUCGGUGCGUACCAACGCACUCUGACCCUGAAGUGCGACCACGGGGCGCCGGGUUUCGUGCAAUGGACGCCCGACGAGAACACGCCGAACACCGUCUACUAUCAGUGUUUCACGCACCGCUACCUGGGUUGGAAGAUCAACGUUCACGACAAUUGCGACGCGGACGAGGCGGCGGCCAGCGAGAACCACCAAGUGUACGUGGAACGACCGAUCGUGGAUCUCGAGAGCAGCUCCAGCAUCCGCGUCCCGAGCAAGGUAACGCCAACGGCGGAGUUCCUUCAGCAGCAGCUUCCUCAUCGUGAAUACGAGCUUCGUUACCCUUAUCAUCCACCGACUAACUCUGGCAAUCUAAGCACAUCAUACACGCAGCUACUAACGAACGCUAAUAAUAACAACAAUUACGUACGCUUGCAAUCAUCGUCGUCGUACGAGGAGCCCUUUGGUUCGAGGCCUUCGUACAACAACCCCGUCCACGGAGUCGUACCGCACCGUCACGAGGUACGCGUGAAGGAUACGCAUCACGCGAACCUCGACGAGGACCUCAUGCAUCACCGCAACCACUACUACCAUCAUCAUCAUCAUCAUCAUCAUCAGCCUCCGCCGAUCUAUCGCGAACAAUCGAUGAUGGGAGUCACCAGGCUCGCCUCCCCCUCCUCGUAUCCUCCUGGUCGGCAGCAAAUGACGGAGAUCGAACAGGAGCUGCUCCAACAGGUCUCUAACCAGCAAUUGUCUAACCUCGUUGCAGAUAAUCCACGACCACUGAACCACGGGACGAAAUACACUUAUUCGUCCGCGACCGGGCUGCAGAUCCCAUAUUCCAAGCCACCGCCUCACCAUUACGCGACCAAUUACCACCAUCUUUAUCAUCACCCACCGCUUCCUCAUCAUUAUCACCACCAUCAGCCGGAUCAGAGGACGCAACCGAUGUACGUCAAGAGACCGAUGAUGACGCGUCGACCCGUGUUGCAGAGUCCUCACGCGAUGCCCCAGUCCGUCCUCCCCAUGCAACCGAGACCGGUGUUCCUGGAACGGAAGAAGGCCGUUUACAGACCAGCCCCUUCUACUUACAGGAGAACCCUCGACAAACGACCGACGAUCAACGGGAAUCCCCAGAUCGCGAAGCUUAAGAAGAUCGACGCGAAACAAAGAACAAAACUCGAGGCUAAGUUGUCGGACGCGGCAGACGUUCCCAACGUGUUCGCGACCGCCAUGAAACCUGCUAGAAACACGGGAUUCAACCCCGACACGAUAGUGAUAGAGGGUGGCUUCAAGCCUAUCGUCAGAAGCGUCGAGGAAUCGGACGUGGUGCAAAAGAGGAUCUCGGAAUCCAUGGAAUCGAACGACGCGCUCGCAAAAGACGCAUCGAAUCACAGAUCGGUCGACAAUUUCGAGCCGGUGUUCAUACCUUCGCCGCCGGUACCCACGCUCGACGCGAGCAAAAAAUUAAAGAAGAAAACCGCCAACGCGAAACUACCGACGCGACAGAGCGAGGCGGACGACAUGGAAAUGGCGGCCGACAAGUCGAACGCGUAUUACUUGCCCCCGGUUUCCAGCACGAUUCCCAACGAGCCGCCAUCUUCGUUCUCGUCCGGCGUGCUCAUUACCUUCGAUGGUAAGAGAUUGAAGGACUCUAGCUUGGCCAGAUCGAUCUCCGGGAUCGAGGAACACGCCAGCGGUAGGCUGACUCCCGAUAUUCUGGGCAGAACGCCUCAAUUCGGACGUUUCAAGGGAGAUCUGCCGCCACCGAUUCCUGGCGAGAUUCGUUCGGAUGAUACGCGACUCGAGAAACGUCGUCUGCCAUCGGAGGAUCACUCGGCAAAGAACACGAGGCUGACGCUCGUCAAAAGAUUGAAGAGAUCUCCGCACGAGGGUCACGUGCACACGGUAGAUUCGCGAGCAAAUAACACGAGAACGAACGACCAUCGCGAUCACAGUAGCCAUCUUGGAAACUCGACGUCCUCGAGCGUCAGCGCCGGUAAAACGAUCGUCUUUAACAUCGGAUACCUCUUUCUGAGCGUCGCUUUCUACUGUAUUCUCUGA